CAACGCCAAAUUGUAUGACUAACACAUAAGACAGCUGAGACAUACUCGACUUUACAAGUAAACAAAGGAACCAAAAAAAAAAAAAGAAAAAGAGAAAAACAAGAGAAUAUCAUCUUAGGUUGUUUCUUAAGCACCAAAGUGAAUGUCAUCUCUCCAAAAGAAAAGAUUGUAGUGUAAAGCAUCGUAACUAUGCGUGGGGUCGGGGGAAGAGGGCCAGACCACAGGGGUCUAUUGUACGUGGCCUUAACCUGCAUUUCUGCAAGAUUCUACAUUAUAAAACAUUGAAUUUGUAAUACGAAGAGAUUUUGGUAAAAUUUGAUUUUGCUGCCAUGUGACUAGGAGGUCACGGGUUCAAGCAUUGGAAACAGCCUGUGGCAGAAACGCAAAGUAAGGCUGCGUACAAUACACCCUUGUGGUGGGGCCCUUCCCCGGACCCUGCGCAUAGCUUUAGUGCACUGGGCUGCCCUUCUAUCAUUUUCAAUUAGUUAGUCUUGUUUGUGUUGGAAAAAAGAGUCAUGACAAGAAGAUCUUAAAUAGUAAAAAGACGUCUUUAUUCAUGUUUGUUUUUCUUUACAAAUUCCUUUCUUCUGAUCAAAGCAGACAAUAAGUACCUUUCUUUUUAUCAAAGGCAAAGAUCUGCGCGGUGUUCAGAUAAAUCUAUAUAACGUUUCAUCCAGAGAAAGCAAAGAACUCACCGGCAAACCAAAUAAAAGAAACGAAAAUGGAUCCAACCUUGUACAAUGCUGCGGUGGAAGGCAAAAUCAGUAAUGGUGAUUUUUCACUUGCUGAAUAUCUGAAAAGGGAUGAAGAAAAUCCGUACCAAGUCACUCCAACAGGCAACACAAUCUUACACGUGGCCGCUCAUUAUGGCCACUCCUAUUUCGUGGCAGAAGUCCUUAAGAUUAGUCCGGCAUUGUUAUGCCAUCGGAACAAGAAGAAUGAAACUGCGCUUCACAUAGAAGCUAAUGAAGGUCACAUCGAAGUAGUCCACUAGCUACUUAGUAGAGAUGAGCAUUAUAAGGAGAUGCUCAUGAAGAUGACAGAUGAGAAUGGAGAUACAGCGCUGCACAAGGCCAUGCGGAGCCGACAUCAAGAUGUAGCCAGACUGUUGGUGAAAGAAGAUCCUGAAUUAGAAUUUCCAUCCAACAAGGCUCGGGAGACACCGCUGUAUCUGGAAACUGAGUCUGGUCUUCGUGAAGCUUUGAGAGAAAUCUUGAACUCAUGCAAGCAACCAACUUCUUCUUCAGGUUCAUUAAAUCGAACACCACUGCAUGCAGCAGUAAUUCAGGAACACACGGUACUGUUCUGUUUUGUACUGUUUUUCUUGAGCUGAGAGUCUAUUGGAAACAGCCUCUCUCCUCCGAGGUAGUGGUAAGGUCUGCGUACACUAGAUCAUCCUCGAGCAAAGAAGAUGUCAUACAACAAGGAAAAGAAGACUCCUUUUAACGUAGCAGUGUCUUGCACAGAGUGGACGGCAGACAAGGAUUGAAUCGCGCCCAGCUUGUUUAACGAUUUCUUAAAUUCCAUUGCUCAAUUGGGACGACGUUCACCCAGGUUGAACCAGAUGGAUCGACAGAAGAUAAUUUUAAACCAAACUGAGGAUCGCGACAUAAACAUCAAAGGUAUCCUGUCAGCAGCUCAAAUGCAACUAGUUGUAGCUACUCUAUUAGUCACAGUCACCUUUGCGGAUGGUUUUACAUUACCGGGAGGUUUUGAAAGCGAUGACAAUAGCCCUAAUAAGGGGAUGGCAGUUCUAAUAAAAAAACAGCAUUCCGUGCAUUUGUUAUAAUGGAUGCCAUCGCCUUUGCAUGCUCCGCUGGUGCUAUAUUCAGAUACUUCUAUAUGGCGACAAAUCCUCGUCCAAUGUUUUAUCAGGAUUUGGAUUAUUUGUGGUCUCUCAGUAAAGUUGGAGCUAGGUCGCAGCUCGUGGCAAUGUCAGCAGUUGUAAUUGCAUUUGUAACUGGUAUGUAUGCUACUUUAGCACAUUCAGUUGGUCU